CGAGUCAUAUUUGGAGCGAACCAGAGAACCUAAGAAGCAAGGCAGUUAGGUUUCUCACCUCCAGAAAAUGCUUUUCGUGGUGGUCCUCAUCUUUCUAAAAGAAGCCACAGGGGAUACCUUCUUCAUUCAUCACGAUGGUCAAGGACCUAAGGAGUUGGUCUGCAAGAGAGCAACCAAGGCAGAAGACAGAAUAGCCUGGUAUGCAGGCACAGAAUCCAUGCAGACACUUAACCUGAUGAGUUGUGCUCAAGGGGGCAACAUUCUUCCACCACGGUCAGCGGUUCAACCGGUCAACAGUUCAACAAACUUUGAUUUGCAUUGUAAAAAAAAGGCAUCCAUAGUCAGUUUCUCCACUGGUGGAGUAUUUGCCUGCAAAUCCCUGAGGGAUAAUAGAAUGGAGUAUACAUAUCCCCUCUUUAGUAAUUCAACUCACUGCAGCAUUUAUGACUUCUUUAUUGUAGCAGUCCCGAACAGAACAGCAGAGGAGAAGAUCUUUGAGGAAAGCAGUGAGCCAUUACGGAAAAGUCUGUCAGUUGAUGAAAGCGACAGUUUUACCCUCGACUGUAGAUUUCAACUGAACGAUUCCUCCCUAACCUUUGUUGUGUAUUGGAUCAAGGAUACUUCUCCAAACACAUGCCUUCAUUCUGUUGCAAAUGAAGGUGGUUAUGUGACUAAUUUUUCUUACGAUGUAAACUGCUGUGUUGAUGCCACAAUCAAAGAGAGACAGGAGCAUCAUUCAUCUGUGAACGGGUCACAGCACUGGCAUAACAUUACAAUUUUCAAUGCUACUUCUUCUGACAGCGGGACAUAUUUUUGCAUAGUUUCUGCCUGGUCAUUCGGGAAGCACAUCUGGAAGACUGCAUCUGAACUGUCUGUAAAAGUGGGGAAUCACAAGGUGCCAUGGCUACUGAUCACCCUGGGAGCAAUCGGAGGCUUUGUUCUGAUUGGUGGGAUAACAUGGUUCUUUUGCUGGAAGAAGAAUUCACAAGGAAAAUCAGGCAAGCAAGAUCACAGGGAUCCUCCCACAGUUGAAUUAGAAGGCGAUGAAUGCACACCAUAUGCCGUAUGCAGUCGCAAUGAUAUAGGUGGAAAUGAAGUUUUGUAUUCUCUUGCAAUGAGUCCUGGUUGGCAGCCAGAUGGCGCCCCCUCUUUGCAAGAUGGCAAAACAGGAUCUAAAAUCCAACUUGGAGAAGAUGGUCAAGCACUCUAUGCGGUGGUGAAUAAAUGAAUGAAUGAAUGAAUGAAUCUUUAUUUCGGGUAACGGACAGAACAAACUACAAAUUACCACCAAUUAAUUAAUAAUCCAUCAGAAAAUAGAAUCUAAACACAAUAGAAAUGACCCAAGGCAAAAAACAAGAACAAAAACCCUAUGCCUACAUAAUGCUUGCAAAUCAAGUGAAGUGGUCAUCUUGUGAUGCACUUUGCUUGGCUGUGAUUGGUGGUCAGGGCUGUCCUUCAUGGAAGAAGGAAGCCCACACAGCCAGUUCCCCACUCCUCUCUGCAGUCUCUCUGAUUGCAGUUUGGUUCCUGUCUGUUUCAUCUGAACACAGUCAGGUAAGCAUGCAUUUGGAGGGAGAGGGAGAACUGCGGGUACAUUGGACCCUUGGUUCCAUGUUAUAUGUGGAUGGGAACAUUAAAUCCCUACGAACUUGGUGAAAAGGCACCCUUUAAUGUGGUGAUUCUCUUUAUUUAGCAGGAGGAGAGUAACUGUCCCUAUCCACCCCAGCAUAGUACUUCCAGUGACUGUUGCUGGUGUCUAUCUAAUGUUGCUUUUUAGAUUGUGAGCCCUUUGGGGCCAGGGAUCCAUCUUAUUUAUUUAUUAUUUCUCUGUGUCCUGAGCCAUUUUUGGAAGGGUGGUAUAGAAAUCGAAUACAACAACACAACAACAACAACAAUAGUAUCAUUUUCAUCUGAUAUAAGAAAAUUCACAUAAGACCUCUGUGCAUUCAAAAGUACAUAGUUUAACCUGAUGCUCGAAAAACUAUACCAAGAUAUUUAAAACAUGUUACCAGCUCUAACCUGAGACGGUUUAGCCACCAAUUUCUUAAUUUAGUUCACUUCUCAAACACCAUUGCUUUGUUUUAUCAUACAUAGUGAUCUUUCAUGUUGCAACUCCUUUUAAAAACUGACAGUAAUUGGGUUUCUGGUGAUAAUUACUUUCAAUCCGGACUGCUGUUUUAUCUUGUGUAUAGCUUGUAUUAUCUGCAUAAAAUCUGUCUCUGUUGCUGUAUUUUAUUGCAUUUUAUGAUAAUGUACCAUGUUUUAUUGUUUUUAUUAAUUUAGUGUGAAUUUUAUGCUUUAAUUGUUUUAUUGUAAACUACCCUGAGCAGCAGUGUCCUUAGUGAAUUUUUUUAAAAAAAUAAAAUGAUAAAUAAAUGUA